CUUUUUCCUUUACCGUCGGGCCUUGCCAACCCGCCGUCACCCUUAGCCUUUAUCUUCAGAAGCCAACCCUUCUAAACACAACUGCAACUCUCUGCAAACGCGACAAUGGCAGGGGAAGGAGAAGGCCCGAGAGAAAACUUAACAGGACAGGAUCAGAAUGAUGGCGACACCAAGAAAAAUAAGGGCGUCGAGACGGAAUCGCCAAUACGCGACCACCGCCACCACCAACGAGGGCAACCGCCAAGGCGGCGCUCUCGUCCUCCGCCGCAGGCACUCCGCUGCUCCCUCUGCUUGUUCCUGGUGGCGCUCCUUCUCCUGAUGGGCAUCACCACCCUCAUCGUCUGGCUAGUGUACCGCCCCCACCGGCCACGCUUCAACGUCCAGGCGGCCGCCGUGUACGAGCUCAACGCCACCGCCCUCACCACCAUCACCGCCAGCAUGCAGUUCACCGUCGCCGCCCGCAACCCCAACAAGCGCUCAAGCGCCGAGUUCCGCAACAUCUACGCCUUCGUCUCCUUCCGCGACCAGGCCAUCACGGCGAACACGCCGCUGCCCGACCUGAACCUUGCCGCCAAGAGUACCGUCGUCAUCUCCCCGAUUCUGGGUGGUGGGUUCGUACCCAUCUCGCCCGAGGUGUCCAGUGGGCUCGCCAUGGCCGAGGCCUACGGGCUUGUGCCCAUGAGGUGGAUCCUCCAGGGUAGGCUCAGAUGGAGGUCCGGGGUCUUCAAAAGUGGGUUCUAUGGGAUCUAUGUCAAGUGUGAUGUAAUGGUGGGUUUGAAGCCUGGGUUGGCCGGUCAGGUGCCCCUCCUGGGUGCACCCGAUUGUGCUGUGGAUCUCUGAAAGGCUGAUUCAAAUUCGUGAUUAUGGUCCCACUUGAAUCUGUAACAGCUGCUACUGUUUUCUCUUCUGGUUGCUGCCAAUCCAUUGAAGGAUUCGAACCAGACUGUAUUAUUAUGUUCCUACAUUAUGGUGUUUCAGUUUAUUGCUUAAAGUGUGUUUUGGUACGUAA